AUGCAUAAACUGAUACUUUGCUGUCUCAUUAUCAUCUGCUUCUCCUGUCCUCUCUUGUCUCUGCCCAUCAUCAACGCCAGUGAGAUGUCUUAUCAACACUCAGCUGAUGAAGACUCGAGGUUAAACCUGGAGAGGUUGGGCAGCUCCUCCCUGCUCCAGCUCCUGCCAGAGCUCCUGGGCACCCUGAGUGAGGACAGCAAAGCAGGUCUUACCCCCAGCAACUACAACCCAGGGGAAAAUAUCAAAGAGAAUUUCUACAGGAACCACCCUCAAAAUGCUUUCCUGGGCCGCCUCCUGACCAAGGACAGGAAACAGUACAAGAAACGUGGGAAUCUUUCUGAGUGCUUCUGGAAAUAUUGUGUGUAA